AUGCCUAAGGAAAAGAGCACAUUCAAUCUCAAGACCCCUAAGGGUACCAAGGAUUGGUCUGGGUCCGAUGCCCUCCUCCGCGAUCGCAUCUUCACCACCAUCGCCGAUGUCUUCAAGCGUCACGGCGGCACGGCGCUGGACACGCCUGUCUUCGAGUUGCGGGAGAUUCUCGCUGGAAAAUAUGGCGAAGAUUCUAAGCUCAUCUACGAUCUGCAAGACCAGGGUGGUGAGAUUUGCUCCCUCCGCUACGAUUUGACCGUCCCCUUUGCCCGUUGGCUCGCCAUGAACCCGGACGUGCGCAGCAUGAAGCGCUAUCACAUUGCCAAGGUGUAUCGACGGGAUCAGCCGGCCGUCAGCAAGGGCCGCAUGAGGGAGUUCUAUCAGUGUGACUUCGAUAUCGCUGGUACCUUUGACCCCAUGGUUCCCGAUGCCGAGGUCUUGAAAAUUGUCACUGAAGUGUUCGAGGAGCUUGGAUGGAAGGGUCGGUAUAACAUCAAGAUUAACCACCGCAAGAUUCUGGACGGCGUUUUCGAGGUGUGCGGUGUGCCGGCGGAGAAGAUCCGUCCUAUCUCUAGUGCGGUGGACAAGCUGGAUAAGAUGCCCUGGGCCGAUGUGCGGAAGGAGAUGGUCGAUGAGAAGGGUCUUGACCCUACCGUGGCAGACAAGAUUGAGACAUAUGUUGUCCAGAAGGGAGGACGGGACCUUCUCGCGACCCUCUUAAAGGAUGAGUCCCUUCUGGCGAAUGCCUCCGCUAAGGCUGGUCUGGAGGAUAUGGGUGCGCUUAUGGACUACUUGGAAGCUUUCGGGGUUCUCGACCGUAUUUCUUUCGAUAUGAGCCUUGCUCGUGGAUUAGAUUAUUAUACUGGUGUCAUCUACGAAGUCGUUACCGAGGGCUCCGCACCAGCAAUCUCAUCCUCUGCCCCCGAAGCGCAAAAUCUGCAGAAGUCAGGAAAGAAGAGCAAGUCUAAGGGCGCCAACGCCGAUGAUGAUGACAGGUCGAAUGACCCUACUCUAGGAGUGGGAAGUGUUGCCGCCGGUGGCCGCUAUGACAACUUGGUGGGCAUGUUUUUGCCCAAGGCUCAGAUCCCCUGUGUCGGUGUCUCAUUCGGUGUCGACCGCAUCUUCUCCAUCACCAAGGCCCGUCUCGAGCGUGAACAGAGCACCCAGGCCCUACGCAGCAGCGAAGUGGACGUGUUCGUCAUGGCCUUCGGCGGCAAGGGCUUCACUGGCAUGUUGAAAGAGCGCAUGAAUGUCUGCCAGACCUUGUGGAAUGCUGGCAUCAAGGCCGAAUUCUCCUACAAGCUUAAGCCCAAGCUCCCGCAACAGUUCAAGGCUGCCGAACAGGGCGGCGUUCCCUUCGCCGUCAUCUUGGGUGAGGACGAACUCGCCGCCGGCAAAGUCCGCAUCAAGGAAAUGGGUCUCGAGGAAGGCCACCCCGAGAAGGAAGGUGUGCUGGUGGACCUAGCCACUCUGACCACCGAGGUAAAAGCCCGCGUGGCUAAGAAGCAGGAUCAAGCGUCCGCUGUAACACAACAGCUCGAGGCUCUUAAAGUCGAUGCCCCGACAAAUUAG